AUGGAUCAACUCAAACAAAUCCACGCCCAGACCAUCACCAUCGGACUUGCUCGAUUUACUUACAUAACCAGCAAGCUCUUAGCUUUCUCUGCAAUGUCCAACAUCGAUUAUGCUCACACAAUUUUGAACCAAACAAACACGCCUACUGUCUUCGAUUACAACUCUUUGAUAUUGGGUUACUCUAAAACCUCAAAACAAGAAAUGGGUAUUCUACUCUACACUCAAAUGCGAAACAAUCACAUCGAACCAAAUGCUCGUACUUUUCCUGUUUUGAUCAAAACAUGUGAUUGUAUAUCUUCGUUGCUUCAAGUGCAUGAACAUGUCGUCAAACUUGGGAACGUUUGUGAUGUUUAUGUGACUAGCUCGCUUAUUUAUAUGUAUUCGAAUCUCAAAGCUGUUGAAUUAGCUAUACAGGUGUUCGAAGAAAGCUUGUAUAAGAACGUGGUUUGUUGUACGAGUUUGAUAACCGGGUGUUUCAAUAACGGUCUUGUUGAUGUGGCAUGUAAGGUGUUCGACGAAAUGCCUGAAAGAAACGAUGUAUCAUAUAGUGCAAUGAUUUCUGGGCUUGUGAGAAACGAACUUUUCAACAAAGCAUUCGACUUGUUCCUCCAUUUGAAACACAGUUCUCUAGUGAAGCCCAAUAGGCCUCUUUUACUAACCAUCCUCACUGCAUGUGGUAAAAUCGGAGCCCUAGAAAUAGGCAAAAACAUCCACCAUCAAUUAACUGAAGAAUCUUUUACUUGUGACCUCGAGAUUGAUACUGCACUUCUAGAUUUCUAUGCUAAAUGUGGAGAGAUAGAGAAAGCUGAAGACAUAUUCAUCAAAAUGCCUUACAAAGAUGUUGCUACAUGGAGUUCCAUGGUCAUGGGGUUAGCCACAAAUGGGAGAAAUGAAUCAGCAAUCGAGCUUUUUGAAGAGAUGACACAUAAAGGAUAUGUUCCUAAUGAGAUUACAUUCAUUUCUGUUCUUGUUGCUUGUAAUCACAAAUCUUUAGUGACAAAAGCAUGGUGUUUACUUGGAAAAAUGUUCAAAGUUUUUGGCAUUCAACCAGGAAUUGAGCAUUAUGGAUGCAUGGUUGAUGUAUUGGCUAGAUCUGGACAACUGAAAGGAGCUGAAAUACUUAUAAAUUUGAUGCCAAUGGAACCUGAUGAAGCUAUUUGGGGAUCUUUUCUACAUGGGUGUUUAACACAUGGUGAAAUAUGUUUAGGAGAAAGAGUUGGAAAACGGUUGAUUGAACUUGAUCCUAAUCAUAGUGGAAGAUAUGUUGGUCUUGCUAAUAUGUAUGCGGAUAUUGGAAGGUGGGAAAAUGUGAUUAGAUUGAGGAAUAUGAUGGUGGAGAGAAAAGUCGAUAAUACCCCUAGUUGGAGUUUUAUCGAGGUUGAUGGUGUUGUUCACAAGUUUUUUGUUCAUGAUCAAUUUCAUCCUCGAGCAAAUGACCUUCGUGAAAUCCUACAAAUACUUAAUAAGUUAUCAAUGAAUCGGUAA